AUGUGUCCUAGUACAGCCCAACCAGACCGCGAUUGCGUACUGGCGCUAGACAACUGUUUGUCUAGUGUGAGUACGAGGAAUCGUCCUUUGAUUCAUGCCCUGGCCGCCAGAGGUCACAACGUGACCGUCGUCGCUGUCGAUGUGGAGCAAAGCCCUCCGCCGAAUGUGACCUACAUCGAAAUCGAAGGAGCCUAUGAAGCUUUCGCAGAGGAAGCGGAAGAAUUUAUGGCCGACGCAGAGCAGAACGAUCCGAUUGCUAUGAUUUCCGAAAUGAAAUUCUUCACCGUUGCCUUCUGUGAGCACUCGUUCCGAAGUGCUGGAUUCGCUCAGCUUAAGGCUUAUCCGGAUACGUUUCCGGUGGAUGUGAUUCUCAGUGAUUACCUUUUUGGAUCGUGUUUAUCGGCGUACGCACAGCAUAAGUUCGGUCGGCCACCGUACGUCGCGCUCACAGCGUACUCGGCUCAGGUGACUACACUCACGAUGACCGGGGCGUUUUCCUUUCCAUCGCUAACUCCCCAUCAUAUGUACGAUGUAUCGCCACCUUUGAGUUUUAAGCAACGGUUUUUGAAUUUUAUUUUCUACAUUUACGAAGAAAUUAGCAAAUUUUCUCAAGUUCUACCGGCUCAGAACCUGAUACUGAAAAGAUUGUUUCCGGAUAUUCCUAAUCUCAGUGAAUUGGAACGAGAUGCUCGACUGGUGCUGCUGAACUCUCAUCCUGCUGCGCAGGUUUCGGAGCCAAUGAUGCCGAGUGUAAUUCCGGUUGGGGGAAUGCAUAUUCGACCAGCCAAACCAUUGCCGAAAGAUUUGGAGAAAUGGGUUAAUCAGACAACGCGACCGAUUGCGCUUUUCUCGCUUGGAACUAACUUUCGAAGUGAUAAGCUUGAGCCCGGCAUAAUCGAACAAAUUUUAGGUGCCAUGCAAGAGUUGUCCGAGUUUCAAUUUCUGUGGAAAUUCGAAUCGAAUCUGACGGAUUUCAGUGUUCCGGAGAAUGUCUUCAUGCGGCAGUGGAUUCCACAGGGGGAUCUUUUGGCUAACCCUAGAGUGAAGCUUUUCAUUACCCACAGUGGACUGCUGAGUACACAAGAAGCCAUUUGGCACGGUGUUCCGAUUGUUGGUUUCCCACUGUUUGCCGAUCAGUUCGCCAACAUCGAGUACUGUGUUCAACGGGGCGUCGGGAAGCGUCUGCUCAUCCGGAAGUUCGAAAGUCAACAGCUUGUCGAUGCAGUACGGGAGAUAAGUGGUGACACAGCUAUUCGGGAGAAUAUGGAUAAACUAUCGAGGGUGUUCCGUGAUCAGCCCGAAAGUCCGCUGAAUCGGGCUGUUUGGUGGGUAGAAUGUCAUCGGAGUUAUCGUCCUAGCAUUAGUGACAAUAGUAUUACUGGAGUGUUGGCUAGUACCAGUGGCGGCUAG